GACGCUGCGUCUAUUUGGAACGACGCUUCGCCCUCAUCGCUACCUCUUCUCUGCAGUACCGCGCCUCUUGCAUACGACGCCAACGCCGCUGAUCACGCCGACGAUGGCUCCUAAGGAGGCUUCCGGCGCAAAGGGAGGAGCAGCUACCAGUGCUGCGCCUCCUGCCAAGGCUGAUGGGCCUGAGCCUGGUAGUGGAACGAUCCAGCUCGAGAACACCUCGAAGCGUGACUACUUGACUGACCUCGAGAAGCAGUACCAGGCCUAUUGGAAGGAGGCGAGUCAGAGAAGGAGACGGAGCUACAUGUUACAGCAGCUGACAUUGCUGUGACGACCGCUCGCGCCCCACCAGUCCCGCUUCUUUGAAGUCGACUCGCCCAUGCAAUCCGGCGUCGAAGGCCUCGAGGACAUGAGCCCCGAGGAGAUCCGCGCCAAGUACCCCAAAUGGUUCGGUACCUUCCCCUACGCCUACAUGAACGGCUCUCUCCAUCUCGGUCACGCCUUUUCCCUCUCCAAGGUCGAAUUUGCUGUAGGCUACGAGCGCAUGAAGGGGCGUCGCGCCCUGUUCCCAUGGGCCUUCCACUGUACCGGAAUGCCCAUCAAGGCCGCCUCGGACAAGCUCGUCAACGAGAUCAGCAAGUUUGGCGCAGACUUCUCUGGCUAUCGCGACGAGGAGGAGGACAUCGGAGACGCUCCUCAGCCUCCGACGUCGUCUGUUACGCAGAGCAACGCCCCCAAGCUCGAGAAGGGCAAGCUCGCCGCCAAGUCCGGCGGGCUCAAGUACCAGUUCCAGAUCCUCGAGAACAUGGGCGUGGAGCGCAGCGAGAUCCACAAGUUCGCAGACCCCGUCUACUGGCUGCGUUAUUUCCCACCCAUCGCCAAGGCGGACACGGCCUCGAUGGGCGCCCGUCUCGACUGGCGUCGCGCUUUCCUCACCACGGACGUCAACCCUUACUACGAUUCUUUCGUGCGCUGGCAAAUGAACCUGUUGCGCAGCCAGCAGAAGAUUGCUUUCGGUGAGCGAUACACCAUUUACUCGCCCAAGGACGGUCAACCCUGCAUGGACCACGAUCGAUCGAGCGGCGAGGCACUCGGACCGCAGGAGUAUACGGCGCUCAAGAUGGAGGUCUCGCAGUGGGGAGAGCGAGCUGCAGAGGUUGCUAAGCAGCUGCCCGAGGGCUCGCGCACCUACUUUGUCGCUGCUACGCUCCGUCCUGAGACGAUGUAUGGCCAGACGAACUGCUUCGUCGGGCCCGCAAUUGAGUACGGCCUUUUCCAGAUCAACGAGAAGGAUGUGUACCUUUGCACAGAUAGGGCAGCGAGGAAUAUGGCUUUCCAGGGGGUCACGAAGGAGCGUGGAGUUAUCAAGAAGCUGGCGUCAGUCAAGGGCGAGGCCUUGCUUGGCACGAAGAUCAAGGCGCCCUUUGGCAUCCACCCCGAAGUCUACCUCCUCCCCAUGCAGACCGUUCUCGCCACCAAGGGUACCGGCGUCGUCACAUCCGUGCCCUCCGACUCGCCCGACGACUACAUAAACCUCAUGGAGCUCCGCAAGAAGGCAGCCUACUACAAGAUCGACGAAUCGUGGGUGCAGUACGACCCCAUCCCCGUCAUCGAAACGCCCACAUACGGCGGCAUGACGGCGGAAGCCCUUGUCAAGAAGCUCAAGAUCCAAUCACCCAAGGACGCUCUCCUCCUCGCCGAGGCCAAGGACCAAGCGUACAAGGAGGGCUUUUACUCGGGCACAAUGCUCGUCGGCGACUUCAAGGGCCAGACUGUCCAAGAGGCAAAGCCCAAGGUGCGCGACCAGAUGAUUGCCGCGGGUCUCGCAUUCCCCUACGCCGAGCCGGAAGGUCUGAUCAUCUCGCGUUCCAGCGACGAGUGCGUCGUGGCGCUGUGCGAUCAGUGGUACCUCGACUACGGAGAGACGAGCUGGAAGGAAAAGGCGGCCAAGCUCCUCGCGCAGAUGAACACCUUCCAGCCUGAGACGCGCAAUGCGUUUGAGCAGGUGCUUGGGUGGCUCCACCAAUGGGCCUGCGCUCGUUCCUACGGUCUUGGGUCGAAGCUGCCUUGGGACCCACAAUACCUUGUUGAAUCUCUCUCGGACUCGACCAUCUACAUGAGCUACUACACUGUUGCGCACCUGCUGCAGGGCGGCGUAGAAGACGGCAGCGUUGUUGGCCCGCUCGGCGUCAAGGCUGAGGACCUCACAGACGAAGCGUGGUCCUACAUCUUCAACGACGCCGCGCCUCCCGCUUCAUGCAAUGUGCCCCUCGAGAAGCUCAACAUCUUGCGCCGCGAGUUCCGCUACUUCUAUCCCUUCGACUUGCGCUCCUCGGGCAAGGACCUGAUUCCCAACCACUUGACAUUCUGCAUCUACAACCACGCAGCACUUUUCCCAGAGGAGCACUGGCCGCGUGCCAUGCGCAUCAAUGGGCACCUGAUGCUCAACGGCAAGAAGAUGUCGAAGUCCACUGGAAACUCGCUCACUAUGCGUCAGUCGGUCGAAAAGUUCGGUGCAGAUGCCACGCGUCUCUCCCUUGCUGAUGCGGGCGACUCGAUCGAGGACGCCAACUUCGAGGAGAAGACGGCGAAUGCCAACAUCUUGCGCCUGCACACGCUCUUGCUCUGGUGCGAGGAGGUCCUCUCAGAGGCUGAGGUGGGCAAGCUCCGCACGGGCGCCAAGACUUCCUUCUGGGACAAGGUCUUUGAGAACGACAUCAACUCGUACAUCUUCGAGGUGGAGAAGCUGUACGAGAAGGCGUGGUACAAGGACGUGUGCAAGUUUGGCUUCUACGAGCUGCAGUCUGCUCGUGACCUUUACCGUGAUGCUACCGCGGCUGAAGGCGGCAUGCACAUCGACCUCGUCAAGCUGUGGAUUCGCACGCAAGCACUCCUCAUCGCGCCCAUUGCCCCGCACUUUGCUGAGCAUCUCUACCGCAAGGUUCUCGGCGAGAGUGGCUCCGUCCAGACGGCCUCGUUCCCCAAGCCCUCCGCGGCCGGAGUGGACAAGGCCGUCAGCGACGCGGCAGGCUAUGUCAAGGAGAUGGUCAAGACGAUCCGUGACGCGGAGCUUGCCCUUGUCAAGCGUAAGAGCAAGGGCAAGGCCGUCAGCCUCAAGUACGACGAGCGAGCCCGCAAGGCCGUGCGCAUCUUCAUCGCCAGAUCCUUCCCGGCCAUCCAAGACGCCUGCAUUGCGGCCAUGCGCUCCAACUACGAUGCCGCCACCAACUCGGUGGACGACGCCGCCGUGCGUGCUGCAUUGACCGAGCAAGGCCUGCUGAGGGACAAGCGAGCCAUGCCCUUCGUUAUGGCCUUUAAGAAGCGUCUUGCCGAGUUUGGCGCAAAGAGCUUUGAGAGGGCUCUCCCCUUCGAUGAGCGCGAGACUGUCAAGGCGGCAGAGGGUUACUUGAAGAGGACCUUGGGCUUUGAAGAGGUGAUUUUGGAGGAUGUAGAUGAGAAGAGGGAGGACAUUGAAAAGAUGGACCCGCAGGAUAAGAAGAAUGUAGAGAUUGCCGAGCCGGGUAGCCCGGGUUUCGUGUUCUACAAUAUUCAGUAGAGCGGGCGGCGCGGGAGGCUUGAAAUGACGAUCAGCGUGCGCGUAGAGAGAGUUGUGAGUG